AUGCUGGCUCGCUUCGGUGCUCUCAUUCUCCUCGCUGGUAUUGCGUCUGCGGCUAUCGUUGACAAGCGUGCCGCGCCAGUGGAUCAGCUUGUCGGCUACGCAACUCAGAACGGCGGAACUACAGGUGGCGCUGGUGGCGCGACGACCACUGUGACCUCUCUCGCGGACCUACGGGCGGCAGUCCUCAGUGCAGACCCUAAGAUUGUCAAGAUCUCCGGCAUCAUUACUGGAGAUGGCGAGUCCGUCGACGUGGGAAACCACACUACGAUCGUUGGUGUUGGGAGCAACUCCGGUCUGACCGGUGGCGGGUUCCGGGUCAAGAAGGGCACGAACGUCAUCUUCCGCAACCUUCAGCUUAGCAAGUCCCCUCACCCCACGGACUUGAUCGAGCUGCAGACCUCGACGAACAUCUGGGUUGACCACAAUACGUUCACUUCUGAUCUCGACCACGACAAGGACUACUACGAUGGUAUGCUUGACAUGAACCACGGAACUGAUUUCGUCACAGUGUCGUGGAAUGUCUUCCAGCAGCACUACAAGUGCUCGCUUGUCGGUGGCUCGGACAACACCGGUGACGAAGACUCCGGCCACCUUCGCGUCACUUACCACCACAACCACUUCUACGAAAUCAACUCGCGCACUCCUUCCAUUCGCUUCGGUACCGCGCACAUCUACAACAACUACUACGACAACGUUUUGGACUCUGCUGUCGACUCGCGCGAUGGCGCGCAAGUUCUCGUCGAGGACAACGUCUUCUUGAACACUGUGAACCCGAUCGAGACCACGCUCAGGGGUGGCUACGCUGUUCAACGCGACAACAUCUUCACAAACUCGACGCUCGACCCCGACAUGGACGUCGGUACCUUGACGUCGGAGUCCUACUCGUACACCUUGGACUCGGCUUCCAGCGUUGCGUCCAUCGUCGCUGCCAGCGCUGGUGCAGGAAAGGUCACGGGGCUUUGA